GAACAACCGGAAACUCUGGUGGAGGUGGAGGAAUUUGAACCGCCGCCGUUUGAGGAGUUAUUGGACGCAGCCAAUUGGCAACACACACGGCCAUAUAUCUUACCACAAGGGCGUUGCAGCUACGUGCCCCAGAAGCGAGCGGUAAAUGCAUUGCGUGAAGCACUGGAUGAUCCAGCUGAACAGGGCUGGAUCAACCCCGUGGUUGCUAAGGCGUGGACAGAGAAAUUUCUCAGCAAGGAAGAAAAUGACGAAGCAAUGGAAGAAGAGGAAGGUGGAGAUGAUGGAGAUCAGGAUGUACCGGAAGAGGGACCAGGCUUGCUGGGCACAAUCGAGGAGGAUACCGUGCUCACAGCCACCGGGGAUGUGGGUUUACCUACGGGUCGAGCUACUGCGCCGACAGCUCGCUCAGUUAAAUUGACAUCUCGUCCUAUUCCGUCGUGGCGUGUACAUCCGUCCACAGUGCUUUUACCGAAAAAUUGCGCGGUUGCUAUUGUUAGUUCGGGUCGUUGGCCAGGCGCAUUUACCCUAGCUCGUGGCGCAGAUUUUGUAAACAUCUACAUGGGAUGGGGUCAGAAAUCGUUGAGCGGCAGCUUUUCACCAAAGUGGUAUGCGAAUGUGAUGAACGAAUUCGAUGAAAUGGCGGUCGCGUUGAACGAGACCACCGACCCGACCCCGUUGGAGGAGGAAGCUGUUCGCGCGGCCAAAGAAGCUCGAAGGUUGGCUCGCGAAGCGAAGGCAGAAGAAGAAGAUGGCGAGGAAGGAGGUGACGAGGAUGAAGAUGAAGAUUGA